AUGCCUGAUAAACCAAAAAUUCGUACAUUAAGUGCAAGUCGUCAACGACGACAGAUUCAACGUCGGUCCAGUUUAGAUGCUAGUCGAACAGAAUGUAGUCCAAGCGCAUCGAUCUACUGUGCGACUGCUAUACUUACUCCUAUUGAUCUACGUACCAUAAAACAAAAAAUUGAAGAUGUAGCAGAAGAAAUCAUUGAAACAAAACAUGAAUCUACGCCUGAGCAGUAUUUUAAUCAACUUGUCCUGAUGCAAGUUUAUACCAAACUUGAAUAUGGAGAUGAUUCUAUUAAAAAUGCUCGAGCCUAUAUAAAUCUAAGUAAAUUCUAUUUAAAUCGUGGCACAAAUUUCUUAGCACAAGCGAAAUCUCAUGCACUUAAUGCUCGGCAAAUACUUGAAAAAUUAAGAAUAAUACCAAAUGAUGAUAAUCUAGAAGAAAAUUUACUUGCCUAUGAUAUUUAUUUUAUUCUAUUAAAAUGCUCUUUAAAUGCUAAACAAUAUUUAUUAGAUCGAGAAUCGAAAAUGAAAAAUAAAAAUAUUUCAUCCAUUGAUAAAACUCAUAUCGAACACGAUUUUUCUGUAAUUAAAAAAUAUUUAGAAAAACUAAAAAAUCUACUAAAACCAAAAGAUUACGACAAGAGACAUAUGGAAUAUUCAUUUAUUAAAUUUAAUAAAAUUUUAAUUGAUUCAAAACAAUUCGAUAAAUCUACGUAUGAUUUAAUUGAUGAUAUUAUCAGUUAUAUUGAGAAAUAUUUUUCGAAUGACCAAGUAAAACGUACAAUUGAUUUAUAUUUACGUUCGGGAUCGUAUUUAACUAAAUUUCAUGAUCAUAUUCAAACUGGAUUAAAAUAUUAUAGAAAAGCAGUUGAAUUAGCAGAUGAACAAGAAAACAAGAAACCAUGCGUUAAACAUAAACAUCAAAUUGCACAUGCAGUUCUUCAGCUAUGUAUUGCAAAAGUAACAACGGAUCAUUUCACAGAUGAUUUAGAAAAAGAAUUUCAACGAGCAAUUCAAUUAUAUAAGGAACCAAAUGGUGAAACCAAUAGAAAUGUUUUGAAAUCAAUCGAUGAAUUAGUAACUUUUUAUACUAAAUUAGAAAAAUAUCAGGAUGCUUUAAAUGUACUUUGUGAAACUUUACCAAAUAAAAUUCAAGUAUUUGGUGAUUUUUCGGAAGAAGUUAUACAAACAGAAGCUCGCAUCGGCGCAAUCUAUUUACGAGAAGGUGAAUGUCUCAAUGCAGCUGAACAUUUACAAGCAUGUCUUGAAUUACAAGAAUUUGUCUAUGGCCCAAAUGAUGCACGAACAUGUGAAACACGCAAUGCCAUUGAAUUCCUGAAAAAAGAUCCUACAGUUUCUCGAACGUUCUUUGCUCGAACACAAAAUGGUAAACGUCACGAUCGGCCCGAAUUUCGAGUUAAUAAAAGAAUUUCUCAUGAAAAAGAAGAUCUUCAACUAAUACGAACUGUUACAAAGAAACCGCCCAUUAGUACAAAAGCUUAA